AUGAAUAACUGUAUCCUUCUGGAAGAACAACUGAUCAAAAAAUCCCAACAAAAGAGAAGGACUUCCCCCUCCAACUUCAAAGUGCGAUUCUUUGUUUUAACCAAAGCCAACUUGGCAUAUUUUGAAGACCGCCAUGGGAAAAAGCGAACUUUGAAGGGUUCUAUUGAACUUUCCAGAAUCAAAUGUGUGGAGAUUGUGAAGAGCGACAUCAGCAUCCCUUGCCACUAUAAAUACCCCUUCCAAGUGGUACACGAUAAUUAUCUCCUAUACGUAUUCGCUCCUGAUCGAGAGAGCCGACAGAGAUGGGUGUUGGCUCUUAAAGAAGAAACCAAGAAUAACAACAGUUUAGUGUCUAAGUACCACCCCAAUUUCUGGAUGGAUGGGAGAUGGAGAUGCUGUGCCCAGACUGAAAAGCUUGCAUCUGGCUGUGCUGAGUAUGAUCCAACCAAGAAUGCUUCAAAGAAGCCUCUGCCUCCCACUCCCGAAGACAACCGGGUAAGUAGAAGGUCAUUGAGAGAACCUGAAGAAGCCCUGGUCAUUGCUUUGUAUGACUACAACACCAACGAUCCCCAGGAGCUCACACUACAAAGCAAUGAAGAAUAUUACUUACUCGACAAUUCCGAGAUUCAUUGGUGGAGAGUCCAAGAUAAGAACGGGCAUGAAGGAUACGUGCCAAGCAGUUACCUGGUAGAGAAAUCGCCAAAUAACCUGGAAACAUAUGAGUGGUACAACAAGAGUAUCAGUCGAGACAAAGCAGAAAAACUCCUUUUAGAUGAGGGGAAAGAAGGAGCAUUCAUGGUGAGGGACUCUAGGACGCCAGGAACAUACACUCUUUCAGUUUUCACCAAGGCGAUCUUAAGUGAGAACAAUCCAUGUAUCAAGCACUAUCACAUCAAAGAGACCAACGACCAUCCCAAACGAUACUACGUGGCAGAAAAAUUUGUGUUUGAUUCCAUUCCCAGCCUGAUCAAGUAUCACCAACACAAUGGAGGAGGUCUUGUUACACGUUUACGGUACCCUGUUUGUUCCUGGAGAAAAAAGGCCCCAAUCACAGCUGGGUUGAGAUACGGCAAAUGGGUGAUCAAGCCCUCAGAGCUUACUUUUGUGCAGGAGAUUGGCAGCGGGCAGUUCGGCAUAGUGCAUCUCGGCUACUGGCUGAGGAAGAGCAAAGUCGCCAUCAAGACUAUUCAGGAAGGAGCCAUGUCGGAAGAGGAUUUCAUAGAAGAGGCUGAAGUCAUGAUGAAACUCUCGCAUCCUAAACUGGUCCAGCUCUAUGGGGUCUGUUUGGAGCAGGCCCCUAUUUGCCUGGUGUUUGAGUUCAUGGAGCACGGCUGCCUGUCUGAUUACCUCCGGAAUCAACGGGGGCUCUUUUCUGCAGACAGUCUACUUGGCAUGUGCCAGGAUGUUUGUGAGGGGAUGGCUUACUUGGAGGAAGCUUGUGUCAUUCACAGAGACCUGGCUGCCCGGAACUGUUUGGUGGGAGAAAAUCAGGUCAUCAAAGUGUCAGACUUUGGCAUGACAAGGUUUGUUCUUGACGACCAGUAUACAAGCUCCACCGGCACCAAGUUCCCUGUGAAGUGGGCCUCCCCCGAGGUUUUCUCUUUCAGCCGUUAUAGUAGCAAAUCUGAUGUGUGGUCAUUUGGAGUCCUAAUGUGGGAAGUCUUCAGUGAGGGCAAAAUCCCUUAUGAAAACAGUAGCAACACCAAAGUGGUGGAAGAUAUCAGCACUGGAUACCGGUUGUAUAAACCUAGGCUAUGCCCCACUCUCAUCUACCAGAUCAUGAAUGAUUGCUGGAAAGAGAAACCAGAAGACAGACCAUCUUUUGCUAGCCUGCUGUGUCAGCUGGCUGAAAUCGCUGAAUCUGCACUUUAAGCCAGGGUCUCUGGGAAC